AUGGGUUUUGUGCGAGUGCUGUGGCUGGGCCUCGCGCUGGCGCUGGGACCCAUGCCUGCCAGGGGCCACCCGCAACCCUGCGGCGUCCUGGCGCGCCUGGGCACCCUCCUGCCCCGCGCAACUGCUGCCCGCGUCCGCACCUGCAUCGCCCUGGCCCGGGCAGUACUGGCGCCACGGCCACCGCACAACUUGAGCUUGGAGCUGGUGGCCACCGCGACCUCUGCCCGCGACCCCGCCUCUCUGGCCCGUGGCCUCUGCCAGACGCUGGCGGCGCUGCUCGCCUUCCCCGAGGCGCGGCCGGAGCUGCUGCGGCUGCGUUUCCUGGGGGGCACGGAGACCCCAGUGCUCAGCCUGCGGCGGCUGGAGGCGCGCGCCCCUCGGCGCCCGAACCCGUUCCACCUACAGCUGGACUGGGCCAGUCCCCUGGAGACGCUGCUUGAGGUGCUGGUGUCCGUGCUACAGGCCCAUGCCUGGGAAGAAGAUGGCCUGGUGCAGGACCCUGGUGGCCUCAUGGCCCUCUGGACAAGCCAGGCUGGCAGGGCCCCAAAGUUUGUGCUAGACAUAAGCCAGCCAGACACCAGUGAUGCAGGGCUGCAGGCCCACCUUUCCUUGCUGGUGGCCCUGGAGGGGGGCUCAGCCCUGGUACCGGUGGCUGUGCUCCUUGGCUGUGACAUGGCCCGUGCCCGUCAGGUGCUGGAGACUGUGCCCUCUGGGCCCUGGCUGCUAGGCACACCACUGCCUGCUGAGGCACUGCCCACUGAAGGUCUGCCACCUGGGCUGCUGGCGCUGGGAGAGGUGGCUCGACCCCCACUGGAGGCUGCUAUCCACGAUGCUGUGGAGCUGAUAGCACAGGCACUGGGCAGUGCAGCCCAUGUGCAGCCAGAGCAUGCCCUUCUCCCUGCCACCAUCAACUGCAAUGACCAGAAGCCAGUCAAGCCCAAGUCCUCAGGCAGCUUCUUGGCUAGGUUCCUGAGCAACACAUCCUUCCAGGGCCGCACAGGGCCAGUAUGGGUGACCAGCUCCUCCCAGGUGUACAUGUCCAGGCACUUCCGGGUGUGGAGCCUUCUCCAGGACCCGCUGGGCACUCCAGCUUGGGCCAGACUGGGCAGCUGGCAGGAUGGGUGGCUGGAGUUGGAGCCAGGGGGUGCUGCUGUGCAGCCCCCACCCCCGCUGGGCACCCAGGCCCAGCCCAAGCUGCCCGUGGUGACCCUGGUGGAGCACCCAUUUGUGUUUGCCAGAGAGCCAGACAAGGAUGGGCAGUGCCCGGCAGGACAGCUGUGCCUGGCCCCUGGCACCAAUGUCUCAGCCACCCUGGAUAUGCUGUUUCCUGCCUUGGCCAAUGGCUCAGUGCCCCACGCCCUGCGCAAGUGUUGCUAUGGUUACUGCAUCGACCUGCUGGAGUGCCUGGCAGAGGACAUACCCUUUGACUUUGAGCUGUACAUUGUGGGCGAUGACCAGUAUGGCACUCUGCAGGAUGGCCGCUGGACUGGCUUGGUGGGAGACCUGCUGGCUGGCAGGGCCCACAUGGUAGUCACCAGCUUCAGCAUCAACUCAGCCUGCUCAAAGGUGGUGGACUUCAGCAGCCCCUUCUUCUCCACCAGCCUGGGCAUCAUGGUGCAGGCGAGAGACACAGCCUCACCCCUUGGCACCUUUAUGUGGCCGCUGCACUGGUCCACGUGGUUGGGUGUUUUUGCCACCCUGCACUUCACCAUGCUCUUCCUCACACUCUAUGAGUGGCGCAGUCCCUAUGGCCUCACGCCCCGUGGCCGGAACCGCGGCACCGUUUUCUCCUAUUCUUCGACCCUCAACCUCUGCUAUGCCAUCCUGUUCGGACGCACAGUGUCCAGCAAAACACCCAAGUGCCCCACGGGGCGUCUGUUCAUGAACCUGUGGGCCAUCUUCUGCCUGCUCGUGCUGUCUAGCUACACGGCCAACCUGGCUGCUGUCAUGGUUGGGGACAAGACUUUCGAGGAGCUGUCAGGGAUUCACGACCCCAAGCUGCACCACCCGUCCCAGGGCUUCCGCUUUGGCACUGUGUGGGAGAGCAGCGCAGACGCCUGCAUCAAGAAGAGCUUCCUCGAGAUGUACGUGCACAUGAGGCGACACAGUGCACCCACCACACCCCAUGGUGUCGUGAUGCUUACGAGCGACCCCCCCAAGCUCAAUGCCUUCAUCAUGGACAAGUCGCUUCUGGAUGAGGUCUCCAUCGAUGCCGACUGCAAACUGCUGAUUGUGGGCAAGCCCUUUGCCAUUGAGGGUUAUGGCAUUGGACUCCCUCAGAAUUCGCCGCUCACCUCCAACCAGUUCAUCAGCCACUACAAGUCCUCUGGCUUCAUUGACCUGCUGCAUGACAAGUGGUACAAGAUGGUACCUUGUGGGAAGCGGGUAUUCGCUGUCACAGAGCUGGGACAGGGCCUGGGAUAUAGGGUGGGGGUCUCUGUGCUGCUCUGUGUGGGCGUGGGUAGUGCCUUACUCAGUUCUCUGGGGAAGCACAUUUUCUACCUCCUAGUGCUGCCAUGUAUCCAGAAGGACAGGCUGCAGUACUGGCUACACACGAGCCAAAGAAUCCACAGUGCCCUCAACACGGAGCCACCAGAGAGGGGCCACCUGUUCCCAGCCCAUCCAUCCUCUGUCCCCAGGGGUCUGGAGAAGCAGCAGCAAGACAUACCAACUGCCCCCUCAGGCCAGGGUGACUGGACACAGGUGCAUCAGGCCAUGGUAAGGGAGUGUCACGCGUGCUGUCUCCUGGAGUCAACCUUGGCCACUGCUGCAUCAUAGUGGACAGAUAUGGAAGGGGCCAGAUCACUCGAGGGUCCCAUUGGGCUCUGCUCCAAUGGCCGGCUACCCACAGCACUACCCACAGGCGCCCCACGCCCAGGUGAGCUGGAGGAACUGGAACAGCACAUCGCAGGUGCGUGUACAAGGCUCCACCAGGCACUGGUGCGGCGUGGGGAGCUCAUGGCCCAGCUCCCAGGUGGAACUGUUACUGUGCCUGCUCCAGGCCUACAGGGGAGCAGCAGGGGGCCUCCUAGUGAGGUCUCCACCUGCUUUGUCUGUGGGAGGUGGCCAUGCCCCACCACACCCAGCCCACUUGGUUUUGCAUGAGGGU